AUAGCAAAGUGCAGACAAUAAAUGCAAUCAUUUAUGGUUUGAACGGUUGGUUGGUUUGACUGGUUUUCAACGAUAAAACCCAUUCAUUGUGUGAUUUGUUUCAAACAAAACCCCUUUUAGUUAACCACUGAUUGUCUCCCAAAACAGUCUUCAUUUGAUUUGCAGACAAUCUCUCAAACCCUUAAUCACUGCCAAAAUGUCCGAAGAGUUUGAGGUCAACAGUGAAGACGUGUUUUUGUCUGAAAUGUUAGAUUUGGAGCAAAACAAUGAAAACACAGGUAUUGGCGACCAAUCGACUGAUGAGGAGAUGCCCUUUGGUUUCAAUAGUCUUCUGAGGGAUCCGUUGAAAGUGAGUCGAAAUAAACUGGACUUUAGUAUCGGAUCCCAAACGCCCAGAAACUCAGUGAACGAGCGGAAGCGCAAAAACCCUCGAAGAUGUCUCUCGGAAAUGCUCGACAACUCCUCCUCCUUCUCAUCUCCAGAGGCCAACACGAGUCCAAUGCAUCUCCAGUUUGGACAGCAAUCCAAAGACAUGUCAAUCGAUGAGCAAAACUCUUCGCUCUUCUCUCCACUCUUCACUAAAAUUAAAACUCAGUCUUCGGUCGAGAACUCAGAGAACGACUCAUUAGUGGCCAACACUUCGAUGACUUCGGUCUGCUCUCCGAUGUUCGCGACUAAUGAGUUGAAUGGCAUUCCCCUUAAGAGACCGAAUGCCUUUAAGAUACGUAAAAGCAAUUCAUUGGUGUCUUCGAGUCAUAAGAGGACACCAUUCGUGAGAUGGCAUUCCGCUAAUGAGGCGACGAUUAUGAAAGCCGUUCAGAUGUCGUGCGCCGACCCCUCACUCAUCGGAGACUUCAGUAAAUCCUAUGUUUUGCCUCUAAUUCAAGGCAAACAUCAGGACCUGAAGGCUAUAUCAGUAGAUGUGUUGUCGCAAGUGUUGUCGGGUUUCUACAGUGAAGUGGUAGCCGAUUGUACAGUAGUUGACUGUCGGUACCCCUAUGAGUACAACGGCGGACAUAUAAAAGGGGCCAAAAAUCUGUACAAUCAGGAGGCCAUCCUUCAUGAGUUUCUCAUCAACAGACCAUUAGAUUCGUUGACAUCACAGGAAACUCGCACUAAACGACAUAUCCUUGUAUUUCACUGCGAGUUCUCGUCAGAGCGCGGACCCACUCUUUCUCGGUUUUUGCGAAAUAACGACCGCUCGCGUAAUAAAGACUUCUAUCCCCGACUCCAUCACCCGGAGAUCUAUUUGCUUGAAGGCGGCUAUAAAGCAUUCUUCGAGAAAUAUCCGAAUCUGUGCGAACCGGCGGAAUACCUGCCGAUGCACUCCAAAGAUCACGAACAAGAGUUG